AUGGAGAAGAAACUCAUUUACACUCUCAGGCUUAUCAUGUUUUGUACUAUUCUGUAUGCAGUACACAUUCCACCUAGUCAACUACAUUUGCUGCGCAAAAUUGAGGAGACAGUUGAUAACCUGAGUGCACAGUCACUAGUGGGAAGUGUGACAACAAAACGUAGUAGAAGAGUUUGUGCUGCAAAUUUCUUUUGUCUUGCGGAGAAGUCCCUUAGUGCCGUACACAUCCCUCAACUAGGCAAACUCUGUUCUUUAUUGGAUAGGUACAACAAUCAGACAGGACAAACAACAUGUGAACUAAAGGACGGUUAUUCGAUCUCCAUCCAAGAAAUGCUGGGGAAAAUCCGCAACUGUACUGUGAAAGCUCUGAACAAUCACACUCAAGAAAGUCCAAGAGUCCAACCAUCGUUAAGGACUUCCCUUUCAAAUAAUUAG